UCUGCCUCGCACCCCUAACCCCGCGCCCGCCUCCACCAUGCAGGCCCCGCUCAAGGAGCACCUGUACAAGCUGCUAGUAAUUGGCGACCUGGGCGUGGGCAAAACCAGCAUCAUCAAGCGCUACGUGCACCAAAACUUUUCCUCGCACUACCGGGCCACCAUUGGCGUGGACUUCGCGCUCAAGGUGCUGCACUGGGACCCCGAGACAGUCGUGCGUCUGCAGCUCUGGGACAUCGCAGGUCAAGAACGAUUUGGAAAUAUGACAAGAGUUUAUUACCGAGAAGCUAUGGGCGCAUUUAUUGUUUUUGAUGUCACCAGGCCAGCUACAUUUGAAGCAGUAACAAAGUGGAAAAAUGAUUUAGACUCAAAAUUAAGUCUUCCUAAUGGAAAACCAGUUUCUGUAGUUUUGUUGGCCAACAAAUGUGACCAGGGGAAGGACAUGCUCAUAAACAAUGGACUCAAGAUGGAUCAGUUCUGCAAGGAAAAUGGUUUUGUAGGAUGGUUUGAAACAUCAGCAAAGGAAAAUAUAAAUAUCGAUGAAGCCUCCAGAUGCCUGGUGAAACAUAUACUUGCAAACGAGUGUGAUCUAAUGGAGUCUAUUGAGCCGGAUAUUGUGAAGCCCCAUCUCACAUCGCCCAAGGUUGUCAGCUGUUCCGGCUGUGCUAAAUCCUAGUGGGCUCCUUUGAUAGCAGAUGUUAGAAAUAAUUCCACUAUCUCAUGAAAUGUGCCUCAGUUUUAUCAUCUUGGACAAAUGCCAAGAUAGAUACACAAGACAAGCCAAAAAUCUAUGCUGUAUGUAUCACAAAAGAGAAAGAAAUAGAAAAUAUUCUUCUUAUGUUUUCUUCAACAUCAGCACAAUGUUUACAUGUUUUAAAUAUUAGUCUGUUACAAAAUUCUGUCCUGUAGAUGAAGAGAAUUCUAUAAGGCCAGAACCUAUUUUGUUAUUUGAUUUUUUGAAUUAGCUAAAGUCUCAGAUCUUAAAGAAAAAGGUCAUAAGAAGAGACUAGCUCUUAAGUUAAGCAUUGGAUUUUGCUUUAUUCUUGGUGUCUUUGUCUAUAUAUUAAUAUGUUCUAUAAAGAAGAAAUAGUAAUUCCUCAGAAAUGACCUGUAGUCUCAACAGCACUAAGAGUUGUCUCAUAAACAACUUUAAAGUUCAAUAGACAGAGUUGUGGCUCUUACUGUCCCUUACCUUGUGUUGGUUUUAUUGAAAAAGUAUAGGAAAAUGCUGAGUUUUAUGUCUCCUGUAUGUACUUUC